CUCUUUGCUCCGCCCUACCAUGGACGCGUUCUUACACUGCGAUCCUGAAUCAUUCUUAAGGGAAGGGCUCGAGGACGAGAUGCGACUCCCUCCGUAUUUUGAAGCUUCUCGUCCUCGAGUCCCUCUCGGGCAGCUCCCUAGCACACCAGCGACUCACCUACCUACUCGCCACUACGAUGCCCGCCUUGCGCAGCGUUCGAAGGUCCCGCCGUCUGUUGAACAAGCCACCGCGCGACGCAGUGUUCGAAGACCCUGAUGAGUUUGAUCUGCAUGAUCGACAGGCAGAAAGCCCGCGCGAACGAGCGUCGCCCGCCCCCGCUGUACGCUCGACCCGCAAGACUCCCCCGUCGCCCGGCCCCUUCCUUCCUCCGUUCUCUCCCAACCCGUUCUCGUGCCCCGAGCUCGACUUCAUACGCCGAUCGUCGCACUCUCGCAAGCGGGAUGCGGACCACAUUCCGCGACCGCCCAAUGCGUUCAUGCUCUUCCGUUCUGAGCUCUGGGCGAAGGAGAAGAUCAAGAGCACCGUCGAGCGCGACCACCGCAUGAUCAGCCGCAUGGCGGGCGCAGCCUGGAACGCGCUCCCCGAGUCCGAGCGCGUUCCGUACCGACGCCUGGCUGAACUCGCGAAACAACGACACGCCGAGGCGUACCCCGACUACAAGUACUCACCCGUGUUCAAGAAGGAGAGGCUCCCGCGUCGGAGAGGCGGUAAGGGCGCGAACCGCGACUUCUCGCGCUGUGAUGUCGUGGCGCGUCUUCUUGGCGAAGGAUGCGAAGGCGACGAGCUCGAGGAACGUAUCAAGGAUUACGACAGGAAGAAGGUGCUGUAUGUGAUACCCCCGCGGCGCAUUCGUACGCGCGCGACCAAGGCUCAGAGGCGCGGCGUUCAGCGCCAGGUCUCGCCGGACACGCGCACCCCUUCUCCUGUAUCGUCCAAUGAGGACGAUUAAUCAAGAUGGAGCCUUCGACGCCCGAGAUACCAUCCUUGCCAGAUCCAGGGAUGCGAGAAUCUGAGCUGCUGGAAGCCACUCACCCCCCGUGUU